AAAAAUAAUAAAUAGUUUACACAAAAAUGAAAUAGAACUAUCUAUCAAAGCAACAAAAUCAUAAACUGAAAGGGUCUAACGAUCAAAAAAGUAUGUUUAAAUUUAAACUUAAUACAUUUAUGUAUAAAAUUGUAUUAUAUAUACUAUUUAUUAGUGAAUUGUCUUAACGAUACAUGUUCGAUAAAACAUCAUAAAAAUCGACGAUAUCGUACAAGUUUUACUCAAGAUCAAAUAGAAGAAUUAGAACGUGUUUUUCAACGUACACAUUAUCCAGACGUUGCAGCAAGAGAAGAAUUAGCACGGUUCGUUUGGUUUAGUAAUCGUCGGGCACGAUGGCGUAAAAUUGCAUCUAUCCAAUCGUUGCCAAUUUUAAAUCAUUCAAAUAGUCAACAUCUAAAAUUAUGGGAUACAUCUCCAGGGAUGAUAAAUCAACAUUCGAACAAUCAUUCUACUGUACCAACAUCGAUGACUAGUCAUAAUCAACUACCAAAAGUUCAAUAUUCAACGCCGGUACAAACGAAUGUAAAUUCUGUUCCCGAACAUCAAUCUUAUAGUCUCAUGUCAGCAUUUGCUGACUGUAAAAAUAUAAAUGAAACUCAACUUAUCAGUAGAUUAUCAUCAAAUUUUAAUGAUGUCACUAAUACAGCGACGAAUAUGUACCGAUAUCCACCUGAUAACGAUUAUUGUCAACUGUAUCGAACACCCAUAUUCAACUCAUCACAACAGUUUCAACAAGAUUUUCGAUACUGUUCAGGAAUACUUGAUAUUCAACCAUACUAA